UUAUAAAUUAGAGGUUACGAAAUUUUUAAAAGCUCUUGGUUAUCUUUAUUUCUAAGGUUCUUGUAAAUUAAAAUUAAGACGUAAAUAAAAUAAUGAUCUUGUAAAAAAUGAGUCUAAUAGCCGCAAGUGACUUACUCGUAGCAGUGUGCAAAAAUAACUUAAUUGAUUGUUUUGAUUCAAAGAAACAUUAUGUUCUACAAUGUGAUACAGGAUCAGAAGAUAGCAUUACGGACAUUGUUAUAUCUUCAGACAACAAACAUAUCGCUGUAAUAACUUCAACGUCCAAAAAGUUACUAAUUUAUGACUCCACAGAGUUCAAAUCUCUAAAGACAUUUACUCUACCACGAAGCGCAAGCAAAAUAAGAUUUGGCGCCAACAACACACACAUAUUCGUUGCAGAUAAAACCGGCGAUGUUUUGCUAUACGACAUAAUGAGUGAAGACAAUGGAACAAAGAUAUUGGGACAUUUAAGUCUGCUACUGAACGUGCUCCAGACAAAUGACGGAAAAUAUGUUAUAACGUCAGACAGAGAUGAGAAGAUAAAAGUUUCUCACUUUCCCAAUACUUACAACAUUCAAACUUAUUGUCUGGGACACACGGAAUUUGUUAACCACAUUGAAAUACUUCCCCAUGACAAUAAAUAUUUGAUAAGUGCAUCAGGAGAUGGUACUAUAAAAUGUUGGGACUAUUUAUCUGGCAAACUAUGUUAUUCUUUCAAUACUGACACUAUUAUUGAUAAUGUACAGUUAAAGGAGGACUUUAAAAAGGUUAUGGACUCGGAAGGAGUAGAAGUAAACAAUUUACCAAUCGUUCAUUUUGAUAUAACUGGCUUACCACAAGCUAGGAGUCUCUUUGCUGUAUCUAUUCACACUUACAACAAACUUAUUUUAUGUAGUUUAAAUUCGGCUAAUGAUAAUUUUACCCACAAAAUUGAGAAGGAGCUUGCUUUUGAUUUCUGUCCUACUCAGUUUAAAUUCAUCAAGAACAGCUUGCUAGUUUACAAUGACAUAAAUUUAAAUGUUUUAAAAUACAGUAUAUCCAGUCAAGAUGAUAACAUAGAUGUAAGUUUGGACAGUGACUUUAAAGUAUUUGAAAAUGAAAGCAUCAAACCUGUAUGUGAUUCUGAAUUAAACUCAAUUAAAGUUAUGUUUAAAAGGAAGUUUGAUAAUGUACAAGAAUAUCAAGAAAGAAAGAAGCAAAGGCUAGCAAAAGGAAACUAGAAAACUUUGUGUUUUUGGAGUCCAUUGUUUUGUAAUUAGGAACUGUUGAUUUGUAUAUAGUAUAUACCUCUGCUCACAAACUUGAAACAAUGUUACUGCAUCAAACAAAUUAUGAUACAAUGUUGCCUUAUUAAUAACUUUUUAGAAUUUAUAAUAUUUAAAAUAAAACAAAAAAUUAACCACAUAA